AGACUGUAAUAGAGUGUAGUAGUGUAGGAUACUGUAGGACACAUGUGCGCAUUUCCUUGUUCUAUCUGAGGCGCAUACAGUGCGGGACGCGGUGCUAUUGAGUCCAUAUUAAUAAUUAAUGUAGCACAGUGAGUAGUGUUUGCUUUGGCCUGGACGUGGAGCUCAGGCCGAGCUCAGGCUCAGGAGGAGGAGGAGUGACCAUGGAGCAGGCUGGAGACGGGACAAAUCCGUGAGCACCCACUGCUCUCUUCCAUCAUGGCUCCCUCCGUGGACAGGCAGGGACACUGGGGGCGACCCACCUCUACGCUGGACUGGUGUGAAGAGAACUAUGUCGUGUCUUAUUACAUCGCAGAGUUCUGGAACACAGUUAGCAAUCUUAUUAUGAUCAUCCCUCCCAUUUGUGGAGCCAUUCAGACGUUUCGGGAUGGACUGGAAUUCCGCUACAUAUGUUCUUUUAUAGGAUUGACAGCUGUUGGCAUUGGGUCCUGGUGCUUCCACAUGACGCUGCUUUAUGAAAUGCAGUUACUUGACGAAUUGCCAAUGAUCUACAGCACCUGUGUUUUUGUCUACUGUUUGUAUGAAUGCUUCAAACAAGAGAAGACUAUAAGUUUCUUUCUAAUUGCAUUAUUAUUACUCUUCAGUAUAUCUGUAACUGUGGUUUAUCUACAGUGGAAGGAGCCAGUAUUUCAUCAGGUCAUGUAUGGGGCCCUAGUAGCGUGCCUGGUGAUACGAUCGGUCUUUAUUGUUACAUGGGUGUACCCAUGGCUGAGGCCGCUGUGCUACACCUCCUUAGGAAUCUUCAUGUUGGGAUUUCUACUGUGGAAUAUUGACAACAUAUUUUGUGACUCAUUAAGAGCCAGCAGACAAACACUGCCCUCUGGUGUUGGAGUGGUGUUGACACAGUUUCAUGCAUGGUGGCACAUCCUGACGGGCCUUGGUUCUUACCUGCACAUACUUUUGAGCCUGCAAAUCAGAGCAAACUACCUCAAGUACAGACCAAAAGUGAAGUUUCUGUGUGGAGUGUGGCCGACACUGCACGUGGAGCCACAAAAGAGCAGCUGAGAGGAAGAGGCAGAUGAAGGAUUGAGACUGCCUCCUCAGUCAGACACCAGGGGGCAGGGCUGAGCUGCCAAAGCCCUGUCCGCUAAAGGGACCUCAACCCACAGCCAGAGGGUAGGAGCUCCUCUGCUGUGGAGACUCAAGCUAGCACUGAGAAUUUUAAGAGUUAUUUUAAUCCUAAUUUAUUAGUUUAGCUCUUUGUAAUACACAGUGUUUAAUUUCUGAUUUAAUUUAUGCCCACUGAGCUGGGAUAAAAAGCAAAAAGGUAUAAACCUGUCUUCAUCUCGAGCAGUUAAAGAUAAAUAUUUGCAGUAGUUAAAUUCAUUCAGAUUCAGUCAAAUUACUAUGAAAUGCUUUAACGUGUCACUAAAUUCUACAUACACAACCGCACACUCAUUCUAAUUCAAUAUUCAUACAACAGGCUUUUGUCUCGUAGCCUUGAGUUCAUCUUUUUGCCAAAACUUCUGCCAAAGUUUCUUUUAAAGGACAGUAAUUUCGCCUUAAUUUAGUUUGUUGCACAAUCUGAAGAACAGGGUCAUUGAAGGACUGCUUUUAAUUUAGAGUGAAGUAAAUA